GAAGCAAGGCACGCAGCAGUCAACAACGUAGAAAUUCUCCCUCCAAAACUCAUUUUCUGUCUGUUCAUCAAAUUCCCACAAUAAAAAACUUUCUUUUUUAUUUAGAGGCAGCUUCCUUUCUUCAACCUUCCUCUCUCCAACUUUCUCUCUCCUUCUUCGUUUAACUCUUCUUCUUCUUCUUUCGUUUGUUGGUACAAUGCCACAGGGCAAUUUAGAAACCCUUGUUUCGGCCUGCGCCGGUGCUUCUUGCGAUAACAAAAUCGUCUGCGAGACUUUAGCUACCACCCAAAACGAUCCAGACGACCACCUCCACACGGCCGACACAUCUCUCGACGAUGAAAUCCCGGCCGAUUUCCCGCCUGAAUCCUUUUGGUUAUCCAAAGACUCCGAGUUCGACUGGUUCGAUCGCAAUGCUUUUUACCAACGGAAAGAGUCGCAUAAAGGAAACUCAGCUCCCAACUCUACCAAUCUUAAUCCUAAUUUAAACCCCGACUCCAAUUCUCAACGCUUUUCUGUGAGAAAGCCUAGAGCUUCCAUCAUCGGAUUGCCCAAACCGCAGAAAUCUUGCUUUGCUGAGACCAACAACAGGAAGAAUACUAAGCCUGCAACUACAAGAUUGUUUCCUAAACGAUCCGGUUCCGUUAAAACCGAUCCUCCAGUUGUUGAACCGUCUUCGCCUAAGGUCUCUUGUAUGGGAAGAGUGAAAUCGAGGCGAGACCGGAAUCGCUCACUGAGAAAGAACAGCCAAAAAUCCGCCGAAGCCGAAACAGUUAAAGAGAAAACGGCAAGAAGAAGCAGAAGCGGUUGCUUUCCAAAUUUUUGUGCUAUUUUUGGGUCCACUGGCAAAGCACGUGAACCACGCAGUCUUCCUCCAGAAGCGCCUUCGCCGCCGAGGAACCGAGACGUUAGGUGUCGCUUGCCGCCAGAUGAUCGUGAAGCAAUAUCGAUGGAGCCUGAAAUUACGGAGACUGAGCCGGUCAGUCUAGGAGGAAUGAAGCGGUUCGCAUCUGGUAGAAGAUCGGAGCCGUUAAUCUAAACCGUGUUGGAAAAGGUUUUGUUAGUGGUGGGGCCAUAGCUAAGGCGUGGUCUACGGUGGCAGUUUGGGGAGGUAAAAACAAGCACAAUUUUCCAAUGUCUACUCUUGUCUUUUUCUUUUUAAUUUUGGAUUUGGUAACAGUUUGUAAAUAACAAGUGAUUUAAAAUUUUGGAAUACAAGUUUGUAAAAGUUUUCGUUUAAUAAGAAAUUAAAAAAAGUGGAUUUUUUAAACAUAAUAGGCACAGUUUUUUGUAUUAUAUAUUUAGAACCAAAUCAUUCGAUGCUAAAUUUGAGGUGAAAAAUGAAGAAAGCAAUUUUCUUUCUUUCUUUCUUUCCAAUAAGAAGAUUUUUUUUUUGAAUAAAACCAGUAAAAUCUAGAUGUUGAUAAAGUAGAGAAAUAGUUUGUAUUCCAAAGCUUUCAACCAAAAAGCUCAGCUUUUCUACCAUUCAAUGGCUGACAUGGCCUUGCAGCUAUCUGCUCUUUUGAAAUCGUUCCCAAAUGUUCUUAUCUGAUGUGAUUUAUAUUAUUUUAAAGUUAAAAAUUUUAAUUUACAAAAGAUCUUAUUCUCUAAUCUGAUUAAACAAAAUGAAAGAUUGAAUUUGAAGCACUUAUACUGAGGGUGAGCAGGAUACAUAACAUGAAGACAGAGAACGGAAGUGCAUUACUGCUGUGAAUGAAUAAGUGGGGCCUCAUCAUUUUAAAGUCGAAGCUGCAGAGUAGAUAUAUUGGCAUGAGGGUACAGCAUUGUAGGCAUAAUUUAUGAUUCCUGCGUGAGUUGUGGUGCAGCGGAGCGGAGUGGAGGGUGAAGUUGUUUUGAAUGUUAAUGGGUAACCUGAGCAGUGGAAAAACAUGCCUCAUUCCCAACUAACUGAGCGGCAAACCCAAGGGCCACUGGUGUCACAAUGCUCUUAACCUUACUAAAUUAAUUUCAUUAAUAGUAAUAGUCACUGCGAGUCCAAAUUGAAGGACAUUCCUUAAUGGUUUUCAAAGUGCAACAUUAAAACAUAUCUGAUAUUUCGACUUGAUUGGGCAGCAACUUAUGAAACCUCAGAUAUUUGAUUUUGGUUUUAUUAUUAACUGCUAUGAUCCCAUUAUGUAUUACGGAUACUUUAUUUUCUGAUGCAAGCUACUUUCGUACUCUACA